AUGGAAAGACAAGAAGUAUUUUCCCCAUUUGAGACGUUUGAAUCUGAGCCACUCAAAAAAUCUAAAAAAAUGCCGGAUUUUAGAAGUAUCUCAAAUCUUGAGCGAUUAAGUUUUGAAGGAUGUGUAAAGUUGGUGCAGAUGGAUCCUUCUUGUGGAAGUGAAAUGCCAAGUUGGUGCAACAAUCAGAGUGAGGGUGAUUCGAUAAGAAUAGAUCUAUCUCCCAUUAUGCCUGACAAUGACAAUAAUAUUUAUGGCAUUGCUUGUUGUGCAGUAUUUUCUGCUGAACCUCUUCAACCAAAUGCUUUCCAUGACAACAUACACAACAAAAGGUCUCGCCAAAAAUCUGGAAUACGACUUAUUUGUAAAUAUAAAAAUAAAAGGUGGCCGUGUGGGGUCAUCCCUUCAAACUGA